AAAUCCAUCUGCAAAAUUUCCUCAAAUUCGUCGAGAAAAGCCUAAUUUUCCCGAGAAAAAAUGUCUGGCCGUGGAAAAGGAGGGAAGGGUCUGGGCAAGGGAGGAGCCAAGCGUCACAGAAAGGUUCUGAGAGACAACAUUCAAGGAAUCACAAAGCCGGCGAUUCGGAGGUUGGCUCGCAGAGGUGGAGUCAAGCGUAUAAGCGGUCUGAUCUACGAGGAGACACGUGGAGUCCUGAAGAUAUUCUUGGAGAACGUCAUUCGCGACGCCGUCACUUACACAGAGCACGCUCGGAGGAAGACGGUGACCGCCAUGGACGUCGUUUACGCGCUCAAGAGGCAAGGCAGGACUCUGUACGGAUUUGGGGGUUAGGGUUUUGAAGUUUCUAGGGUUUGUAUUUUAGACUAUGGAAUAUCUGAUGCCAUUCCCUCUCCUCGUUUGCCUUGGAUUCUGUCUCGUCGAUUAGCUUAGGAUAUGAAACGGAUGUCAGUACCGUACGUUUUGCAAGUCAUGGGUUUUGUCGAUACGCAUAUGAAAUGUGUGAGCGCGGAUGUAUUGUUGGAUUUAGCAGUGCCCAGAUCCCAGAUGUUGAACAGUUUUGGUCCCCAUGAAUUGUUAAUUUGCAAAGUUUGUAACUUUGAAUCGGUUUGGGAUACAAAUGGAAACAGAGCUUCACUUGCUGAAUCA